AUGGGCGAGUCUGCGGCAGCCGCACCCGCAGACGCAGAGGCUGCCAAGAAUUCGGAAGUAGACGGCCCAACAGUCGUCAACAUUGCCGACGCCGGCGACAUCGUUCUGGACGUGACGUUCGAAACCUCAAGGGAAACGCUCAGGAAAUCGCAGAAGGCGUCAGCCCUGGCACUUAAGAAGCCCAGCGGCGCACCUCAGCCCGCGCUCAAGAGCAAGGUGACUGUUGCGUUUCGGGUCAGCCAAGCCGCCCUGAAGAAGCAUUCUCAGUAUUUCGCCAACCUCCUGUCCAACCCGAAGUUUAGUGAGGCUUCAGCCAUUGAUGAGGCGCAUAAGAAACUUGAGAAAUUGAAGAUUGAGCCUGGCAAGGCAGACGCCGCAGACUUGCCGUGGAUCAGAAUCACGGAUGACGACGAAGCCACAAAGGCGGCGGGCCGCGAACAUGUGUUUGAGGACAUGCUCAAGAUCAUCCACCAGAAGCCACUCAAGGCGCCGAGGGUAGCCUUGUCCGAGGUUGCCACAAUGGCCAUUCUCGCAGACCGUUUCGACUGUCUUACGGUAGUGGCUCGCUCUCUAAAUGGGAUCCGCUGGCCAGUAACGAACAAUCGACCCUUUGCCGAUGACAGUGGCCGUAACACGGAUGCAGAGCAGAUGCUUCGGGAGAAGAUUCUCGUUUCCUGGCUUCUCAGCAAUGGCAUGAAGCUGCAUCAGGCGGCGCGAGAGCUUGUCGUGCGAGGAUCUCGCCUAUGGAGCGACUACUCCGAAGAGCGCGAGGAGUUGACGGCUGCGUGGUGGCAUUUGCCCGAAGGCAUAGAAGAGGAACUAAAGUACCGGAGAGAAUGCGUUUUGAAUACCAUUGCGUCUGUUCAACGCCACUUUCUGGAUCUGUACUGCUCCAAGGAGAGACAGUGCAAGCUUGGCUAUGACUCUAGUGGAGCCUGUGAUUCAUUUCAGCUUGGACAAAUGCUCAAGUUCUUGGUAUCAAAGAAUCUGUUGUUCCUCGUCGACUACACUUCGCCGUCUCUUGAGGCUGUGCCAGACGGCGCCAUGAUUAACAUUGAUGAUCUCCUCAACACUCUCAAGCAGUGCCCCAACUAUCAAAUCGACAAACACCACACGAAUUGUGGGCUUAAAAUUCGCAUGGAUCCGAUUAUAGAUUACAUCCGGACCAUGCUGAGCGCAAGCGGCACUUCCAUCGCGCACGCUGACUGGAAGAAGCGUCGAUCCGAGGUGUCGUGGACGCAGCUGAGAGACCGCCGGCUUAGAGAGGACGAAGAAGAAGUCAAGUUUGUCUUCACCAGAGCAGUGGCAAGCGAUCAGCGGCUUCGUUACGAAGCGGCCAUGUACACCGAUAGGCUGUCAAAAGGCCUCUUCACGGCAAGCUCGUGGGACUGGACUCCUGAAGCUUAG